GCGUGUCCGCGCGGCGCCGGGCGGGGCACGGGCGCGGGGCCUCAGCCUGUUGGAGCGCCGGGGGCGCCGGACUCGGGGGCUUCGGGAGCCCUGCAGGGGCCGGGCCGCCCGAGUCCCACGCAGAGCAGUGUUUUCCAACUCUCCGCCUGCGUCUAAUCGGGCCCACCACCACCCGGAGACACCCCGUCCAGAUCUGCCGAGUGUCAUGAAAAAGGAACGGAAAAGAGACGUCACUGUUGGUGAAAGGGGAGUUUUCUUUCCCAGUUGGUGGUUACUUCAUGAUUGGAAAAGAAGUACCUAGGUGGUUGCAAAGAUUAGAUUUUCAUAGUUGUACAGAUGAAGCUGAUAAAAGAAGAUGAGAAUGUGCUUUCUCAGAUGGGUCAUAAUAGGCUGAUGAGUAAGUAAGCCUGAACAAGACAGAUUGGAAAUGAGGGCAGGAGUCCGGAGUGUUUUAAAACCAAGUAGGACUUUGAACACUUGCUGAGGAUGUUUUUCUCCCAAAAAUGGAGGAAGAAAAAAAAAUUCUCACAGCCAGAAGUGUAAAAAGCUGAGUGGAGUAACAACCCAGUCUGCUCCAAGGAUUUCAGUACUUCAUCAACUUCUUUGAGAGCACACAGACAAAGGCAUCAGACCUGUAUGAUGAUCUUAUCACCAAUGAUGGUAUCCUGUGCCAAGAAUGACUUCUUAGUUUGGAUUUUGGAGUGCUUUUUUUUUUUUUUUUCUUAAUUUACAAUGUGGGGUUUUUGACUCUCCAUGUUAGGUAGAUUUCUGUCACAGAAGUAACUUUUGAAUUCAUAGUAUUCUUGACUGUCUCCACUCCUGUUUGCUGUGUGACAUGGGAAAAUCAGAGGCUUUAACAUUCCUUGAAGUUUUGUUGGAAGCAACACUGCAUCAGGGAGGCAGAUUCAUAGUGUAAGUUUUCUCUUUUUGGCAACUGUACUUUGAGCCGAAUGUCAGAAGGAUUUCACAGCACAUACAAUUUACAGUCUUUGUUUUAUCAAGGCCUUAAAUGUAUGUUUUAUACUCAGCAGAUGGGAAGCACAUUGAGCACUGCAUUUGACAUGUAUGCUUGAGGAAAGGAGCUCCCCGAUGGAUCAUGGCGUUAAUGUUUACAGGACAUUGCUUAUUUUUAGUAUUAGUGAUGUUUGCUUUCUCUGCUUUGGAGGAAUCUGUGAGCAAUUACUCUGACUGGGCAGUUUUCACAGAUGACAUAGAUCCAUUUAAGAUACAGAGAGUGCAAGAUGUCAGACCCAAUCAAAAACUGAAGAAGAGUAUGCUUCAUCCACGUUUGUAUUUUGAUGCUGGAGAGAUCCAAGCAAUGAGACAGAAGUCUCGCACAACCCAUUUGCACCUUUUUAGAGCAAUCAGAAGUGCAGUGACUGCUAUGCUGUCAAAUCCGACAUACUACCUACCUCCACCCAAGCAUGCUGAUUUUGCUGCCAAGUGGAAUGAAAUCUAUGGUAACAAUCUGCCUCCUUUAGCCCUGUACUGUUUGCUGUGCCCGGAAGACAAAGUUGCCUUUGAAUUUGCCUUGGAAUACAUGGACAGGAUGGUGGGCUACAAAGACUGGCUGGUGGAGAAUGCACCAGGGGAUGAGGUUCCAGUUGGCCAUUCCCUAACAGGUUUUGCCACUGCCUUUGACUUUUUAUAUAACUUAUUAGAUGGUCGUCGGAGACAAAAAUAUCUAGAAAAAAUAUGGGUUAUUACUGAGGAAAUGUAUGAGUAUUCUAAGGUCCGCUCUUGGGGCAAACAACUGCUUCACAACCACCAAGCUACUAACAUGAUAGCACUGCUGACCGGGGCUUUGGUGACUGGGGUAGAUAAAGGGACUAAGGUAAAUCUAUGGAAACAGGUUGUAGUAGAUGUGAUGGAAAAGACGAUGUUUCUGUUGAAUCACAUUGUCGAUGGCUCUUUGGAUGAAGGUGUGGCCUAUGGAAGCUACACAGCUAAAUCAGUCACACAGUAUGUUUUUCUGGCCCAGCGCCACUUUAAUAUCAACAACUUGGAUAACAACUGGUUAAAAAUGCACUUUUGGUUUUAUUAUGCCACCCUUUUGCCAGGCUUCCAAAGGACCGUGGGGAUAGCAGAUUCCAAUUAUAACUGGUUUUAUGGUCCUGAGAGCCAGUUAGUUUUUUUGGAUAAGUUUGUCUUAAAGAAUGGAGCUGGAAAUUGGCUAGCUCAGCAAAUCAGAAGGCACCGACCUAAAGAUGGACCCAUGGUCCCCUCCACUGCCCAGAGGUGGAGUACCCUUCACACUGAAUACAUCUGGUAUGACCCCCAGCUCACCCCACAGCCUCCUGCAGAAUAUGGCACUGCAAAAAUGCACCUGUUCCCUAACUGGGGUGUGGUCACUUAUGGGGCCGGGUUGCCAAAUACACAGACCAAUACUUUUGUAUCUUUUAAGUCUGGGAAGCUAGGAGGGCGUGCUGUGUAUGACAUAGUUCACUUCCAGCCAUACUCCUGGAUUGAUGGGUGGAGGAGCUUCAACCCUGGACAUGAACAUCCGGAUCAGAACUCAUUUACCUUUGCCCCCAACGGGCAGGUGUUUGUUUCCGAAGCUCUCUAUGGACCUAAGUUGAGCCACCUGAACAACGUACUGGUGUUUGCACCGUCACCCACGAGCCAGUGUAAUAAGCCCUGGGAAGGUCAGCUGGGAGAAUGUGCACAGUGGCUCAAGUGGACUGGCGAGGAGGUUGGUGAUGCGGCCGGGGAAAUCAUUACUGCCUCUCAGCACGGGGACAUGAUAUUUGUGAGUGGGGAAGCCGUGUCAGCUUACUCUUCAGCAAUGAAGCUGAAAAGCGUGUAUCGGGCUUUGCUUCUCUUAAACUCUCAGACUCUGCUAGUUGUCGAUCAUGUCGAGAAGCAAGAAGAUUCCCCAAUAAAAUCUGUCAGUGCCUUCUUCCAUAAUCUAGAUAUUGAUUUUAAGUACAUCCCAUAUAGGUUCACAAACAAGUAUAAUGGCGCCUUGAUGGACGUGUGGGAUGCUCACUACAAGAUGUUUUGGUUUGAUCAUCGUGGCAGUAGCCCCCUUGCUAGCAUACAGGAAGCAGAGCAAGCCGCUGAAUUUAAGAAACGGUGGACUCAGUUUGUCAAUGUUACGUUUCAGAUGGAAUCUGCAAUCACAAGAAUCGCAUACGUCUUCUAUGGGCCAUAUGUCAAUGUUUCCAGCUGCAGAUUUAUUGAUAAUACCAAUUCUGGACUUCAGCUUUCUCUCAAUGUCAAUAACACCGACCAUGUUGUUUCGAUCGUAACUGACUACCAGAACUUGAAGACAAGGUUUGACUACCUGGGAUUUGGCGGCUUUGCCACUGUGGCUGAUCAGGCCCAAGUAACCCGCUUCGGUUUGGGCACUGAGGCAAUAGUCAAGCCCAUAAAACGUGAUAGAGUUAUUUUUCCUUUUGGAUUUAAAUUUAAUGUAGCAGUUGGGUUGAUUUUGUGCAUCGGCCUGGUGAUCUUAACUUUUCAGUGGCGGUUUUACCUUUCUUUUAGAAAGCUUAUGUGGUGGAUCCUCAUCCUUGUUAUUGCCUUGUGGUCCGUUGAGCUGCUGGACGUGUGGAGUGCUUGCACGCAGCCCAUCUGUGCCAAGUGGGCGAGGCCGGAGACUGAGGCGAGCGGGCAGGCACUGGCCCCGGGUGGCCAGCGCACAGACCUGCCGGACGUCGUCAUUACCUCACUUCCUGGUUCCGGAGCCGAGAUUCUCAAACAACUGUUCUUCAACAGUAGUGACUUCCUCUACAUCCGGGUCCCCACAGCCUACAUUGAUAUCCCAGAAACGGAAUUGGAAAUUGACUCCUUUGUGGACGCCUGUGAAUGGAGGGCGUCCGACGUCCACAGCGUGCGUUUCCGUUUACUCCGAGGCUGGUUGCAGUCCUUGGUCCGAGACACAAAACUCCAUUUGCAGAACAUCCAUCUGCAUGAACCCGGUAGGGGGAAACUGGCCCAGUAUUUUACCAUGAAUAAAGACAAGAAAAGGAAGUUGAAAAGGAGAGAGUCUCUGGCAGAACAAAGAAGCAGAAUGAAAGGCGCCUUUGACAGAGACGCUGAAUACGUCCGGGCUCUGCGAAGACACCUGGUCCACUACCCCAGCGCGCGGCCGGUGCUCAGCCUGGGCAGCGGAAGCUGGACUUUAAAGCUGCAUUUCUUUCAUGAGGUGUUGGGAGCCUCCAUGAAGGCCUUGUACGUGGUGAGGGACCCUCGGGCGUGGGUUUAUUCCAUGCUGUACAGUAGUAAACCUAGCCUUUACUCUUUGAAGAAUGUACAAGAGCACUUAGCUAAGCUGUUUAAAACGGAGGGAGGUGCAGGCCAUUGUACCUUGAACUCAGGCUAUGCUGUGGAGUAUGAAUUGCUGCGGAAGGAACUGUUGGCAUCCAGACCUCACCCAGUCUCGCUGCUGGCCCAUGCGUGGCUGGCAAACACGGCCGCUGCCCUGAGGAUAAAUGCAGACCUGCUGCCCACCAGCUACCAAUUGAUCAAGUUUGAAGAUCUUGUGCUUUUCCCUCAGAAUACCACGGAAAGGAUUUUUGCCUUCCUUGGAAUUCCUUUAUCUCCUGCUACUUUAAACCAAAUAUUGUUUGCCACCUCCACGAACCUUUUCUAUCUUCCCUACGAAGGGGAGAUAUCACCCGCUAAUACUAACGUUUGGAAACGAAACUUGCCGAAGGAUGAAGUUAAACUGAUUGAGAACAUCUGCUGGACGCUGAUGGAUCGUCUAGGAUACCCAAAGUUUAUGGACUGAAUGCUGCAGGUCAGCAGAGAUUUGCACUAAUACUUUCCAACCCAAUUUGUGGAUAUGAAUUAGAAGUUUGUUUAUUCUUGUACUGUGUGUGUUUCUGUGUGUGUUUGUGAUCAAUUCGUUACAUGUAGAGAGAGAUUAUUUUAAAAAUAAGCACCGUAUUUGGCCUAGCAGGAUUUAUUUUUAUGUCACCACUUUCCUUGUCUUUGUCUCUGAAUUUUUUUCUGCUAAGAUGUUUCUGCCACAGAGGUGUAUGAUGAAGUUAUAUUACCAUGGUCAGGGGAGAUAGGAGGAUUAUAAAGGUUUUUGUCUAACUCUCCACUUCAUCUGUAACUCAGCUGAUCUAGCCCAGAACCUCAUGCACUGCUGAAAGCCUGGCAGUUGAUGUUUUACCCAAGCGCCUCUUGCUUUCAAGAUGAAAUACAAAAGUUUCUUAGUUUUUUAGAAGGUGUCCCAACACAUUUAUCUUGCACGCCACACAUACACACAAAUCCUUUUACUGUGUAGAAUGUUCACAGAUAUCACUGGGGAAAUGGUGAAAGCUCCUAUCGAAAUUAUCGGAUCCCUUCUGGAAAAUACAGAUGGAAAUACAGAAUGGAUUUUUUUACAGUGACCUGAAAAUCCUCCUUAAAGUUUUUUACUUAGAAGUCAUAAGGCAUCAGUCUUGGAACAGUGGAUGCCAAGGGCUGGUAGGGUAUUUUAGGCCCUCUUGUCUCUUUAAAACCCUCUCAUUCUUGCUUCCUUGAAACUGCAGCUGUUUACCAUUACCUCUCCCACCCUGUCCUUUCUGCCACUGUCACGCAAGUCAGUAGUUACUAAUGGCUAAACUCUGAUAUUUGUGGGGAUUUCCCCCCCCCUGUCCUGAUGAUUAAUUUUGUGUCAAAGCCCGAGACCACCUUAGAAUCAGAUUUAUCCUUGUGGAAUUAUCAUUGUAUGAGUCAAAGCAGUGCUGCUGCUGCCAGUGUUUUUUUAGAGUGGAAACAGAAUUGGAAAACUGCCUGACUUAUCCUGCAUCCCUUUGAAUGAGUCUCCAGACUGCCGGUGUCUGCAGAAGUUGAAGGCUAAUGGCAGAUGAUGUCAGAGGCAUCUGUUUCCUUUACCAUCUGCAUCUUAUUAUAAAUGUCGUCGUCAUAACACAUGGUUCAUUUUAUUUUGGUAGACGCUAAAAUCAAAAUGCGAUGCCAUUAGAAACCAGUGGAGCAAUUACAAUGAACUGGAUGAAAACCAUGAGGCAGUGUGGGGACUUGAUGCAAAUCUCUGUCUCGACUGCAGUCUUCUUCCUGAUGUUUUAAACUGUAGUUUCACACCACCCCCCUUACCCUCCAGGCUCUAACACUUGGAAUUCUGUCAUUCUGACCUAGAUAAAAGUGGCUCUUUCUCAGCAGUUUGUUGUUAUGUCAAAAUGUGCCUCCAGGGUGAUCAAACUGUGGGUAUGUUACAUUCCAGCUGAAGCUAACCAGGCUGUCAUUUUUCUUCCAUUACAGUAGGAAAACAGCUCUCUCCUACUCCCCCACCUCUACUUCCUGGUGUAGCUCUCCCUGCCCUCUCUCUACAACGUCAAAAUGAAUGAAAGUCCUGUUGUAUUAAUACAGGUUGAGAGGGCAACCAAAGACUCAGAUCCACACUAUUAUUCUCAAGGAAGAUUAUUCUUCCUAUCUCAGGGUUAUCGUGAUUCAUGUAACAUUUCUACAUGGAUGAUAACACCAUUUCCAUUACUGGUCAGAGUCUCAGUGUCUGCUUUCAAUUUCCAGGAUGUGUGAUCUUAUGUCAAAUAAAAAAGGUUUGGGGUUGAAAAUAAUACGAGGUUCGAUCAAGGUAAGAAUUACCAAUGUGUGCAGAUAGCGGCAGAGAACACAGAUUCUGGACCACUGCCUUUCCUUUAACUUUGCACAGAAGCAUGCUCACAGGCAGAAGAGAGCCAGGUUGAGUAUGUGCAGGGGUUGGGGGAGAGAUGUGGAAAAUGAAAAAGAGCAGUUCUGUGAAUGAAUAUGGAAACAAGAUGAGAAUACAUUAUUAAUAGAUAAGGAAAGGGACGCACUUAAGGUGAUCUUCACAGGGUAUCUUUCACCAUGUAGCGAGGUCAGGGUGAAUUUCCCUGUCUACUUCUGACCCAAGGGAAAGUUUGCUGGAGGAGAAGACUUAUGUUCACAGGUUCUGUUUCUGAGGAAUGUUACACGUAGGUGAAGGCUGGCCCAGCCAUUGCAUAUGCAAGGACUUGUUCAUGCUUGGGACCCACUUAUGCCUUAACAUCCCAAUUAUGAUCUCAGAACACCUAGGUCAUGUACUUCCAGAGUGUUAUCCUAGGAAAAAUGUGAGCUUACUUUUACUGCAUUUUUACUCUGGUCAUCACAAAAAUAAUUAAAGCAACCCUGAUGACUUUGUGACAUUUUCAAAGGAAACACAAAAAGUUCUUUCCAUAAAAACAAUUCUUUCCUUCAUUAAUUUCCCCAAGCUUGGGCCCAAUUGGAAUAAAAGCAUUUAUUAAAAUAAUACUGUUUACAUAUUGAAACUCUGAAAGAAUGGAUUAGUUUUGCUGACAUAAAAAGUAACAAGUGUGGUGGUAAUGUUGAUCUAGUUUUCAAAAGUUAGAAAUGGUGCAGAUUACUCACUUCAGAUGAGAGAGGCCAUAUCCAUAGCUGAAUUUACUUAAUGACAAUUCCAGAAAAGAAGGAAAUGGGAGAACCUGCUCAGUAGAAAGAAGAGAAGUCUAUGAUUACAUUUAAUCUAUAGAAACCCAGAAAGGCAUGAAUUUUAGGUAGAUACACUUUAAUACUUACAUACUGAGCCUAGAACCUGAGUAUUAGAUGUUUGAUUAACUGGCUUUUUGGACAAACAGAAUAAUUAGUACUAUAAAUGCCUGGCAGGAAUGGGGUAAUUAUUUAUGUCUAAUUCCCAGGCAUGGUAUAGGAUCUGUUAUAAAUACAUUCAUAUUUGAAGAGACUCUCUCCACACACUAGUUAUGUUUCAUUUUUUUUUCUUUUUGUAGAAACACAACCCCUUUUGUCUGCCAUUGAUUUUUGAGUCACAUCAUUUAUCAGCAGAGUUUUUGGUGAUUUGGUUUAGGAUCAUCAUGGAUGCUGUGUGAAUUAAGCACUCAGUCAUGUGUGACUGUGACCCUGUGAACUAAAGCUCACCAGGCUCCUCUGUUGAAAUUUUCCAGACAAGGAUACUAAAGUGGGUUGCCAUUUCCUUCUCCUGGGUAUCUUCCCUACCCAGGGAUCAAACCCAGGUCUCCUGCAUUGCAGGCAGAUGCUUUACCAUCUGAGCUACUAUAUAAAGUCUAUCUCAUUCAGUCAUCUAUAAGUAAACAUGGACAAUGGUUUUAAAAUCUGACAUAACUCUGAUCACAAUUAGAAAAAUGUUGCUAAUUUAGUGAAAAGUUUAAGUAGAAGAUAGUAUGUUACAACACCACUUACGGAGGUAAGGGAGCCUAAUAUUCUAAGACACAUCUAGGAAUUUAACAUACAUAUGUGGGCUAUCUACUGCUUGUUUAAAUAUAGACCAAAGUAUGUCUAACAAUAGCUGCUAAGGCAAUGUUUUCCAUACUUGACUAGUAUCAUUAUUUCCCUUCAUGUUGGCAGAAAAAUUCAAAAAGCGUUUUAAGAACUGGACUGGGUUUUUGUUUUUUAUUUUUUAUAUUGCACAAAGAAUGGAAGGAACUUAAAACAGAUUCUCACAUUCUCUAGCUAACUUGUGAAUGCUUGAGCUGUUAUUUAUAUGAGCUUAUGUUGUGUUUAGUCCAAGUAACAUGUUUAGUUCCAUUUCCAAAGAUAGGUUUGGAGAAGGCGUCCAAACCUUAGCCGGGUGUCUUGUUUUUGUUCUUCAUUUUCAUUUUUCUUUCACAUCUAUCCAGUUACGCAGCAAAGAAAACCUAUACUGGAGACCAUAGCCCAGUUUAUUCGAACUAUAUGUAUAACAUGACUCCUCUGUUAAUAAAAAGCUAAAAGCAACUCGGCUAUGGUUGGGAUAAUUUGUAACAGCCCUCUUCUUUAGGUCUCUGGGUACCUGUGCUAGGAUUUUGUCUGGAACUGAGAAGGCAGAGUUGGGAAAUGCAGUCCCGUAUUUCAGCUACUAAACUUGCACCCUUCAGUGAUGGACAAGCCAUGACUCCACUCUUGUAAGUUAAUUUUAAGUCCUGCCUUCAGUCCAUUUCACUCUUCUCUGUACUUUGUCCUAACUUAGUAAGUAGCAAGAACAUCCGGGUACUGUAUACCUGGGCUCCACAAUUGCCCCUCCCAUCAUUGGUGGAAUCUCCAUUCGAGCAGGAGAUCUGUGAAAGGAAGGUUGGUGCAGGUCCCUUGAGUCAUUCCAAUAGGUAGGUCGUGCAGAGGAUUGGCAUAGUGGAGACUUUUGUUUUUAAAGAGAGAAGGAUCCAUCAUAAAUUAGUCUCUUAGUAUGUGCUGCACAGAACCUUAAAGUUUUCAUGUUCAUCAUUACAAUCUUCACAACAACUCACUGGUGUUGAUUUGACAGAUAAAUCUGAAGCCUGUAUUCUCUUUGCAGGAAAUCUGUUUUUGUGAAGGCGUUUGGAGCAGGCUUACAAUUCAGUUAGCAAUUCACAGUAGUUUUGGGGUAUCUACCUCCAAGGUAUUGAUUUGCAUGAGGGAAGAAGACAAAAAUGAGUUGACUCUGUGCCUGCCCUGUGAAGAAUUGGUGUUCUCUCCAGAGACUUCAGAGUUAGUAGGAAUUCAUCAAGAGGAGAGGAGAGGAAGGGCAUGCCGGUAGCGAUUACCACCGAGGAGAGGCACUGCAAAGUGUCAGCUGCUCUGCCUUAGAAAUGGUGGUUAUGAGAAAAAGGAGUAGUUUAUGGAGCCUCGGUACAUUUGGAGUGAGAUCACCAUCCAUGCUUUUCCUAGUUAGAUUUGAUUCUAUCGUCACAGGACGUCCCAUCAGUAAGUAGUGAGAGGCACAAGCAGAACAAAACUGCUGACACUCACUCCCUCCCAAUUCUCCCAAAUUAAUUGCCCCAACACAUUUCUCACAAAGAAAUGUGGUCCAUAACUGAACAGCAAGGGAUGCUCUGAAGAGAAGGCUGUGUGAGUGUGGUCGGACUGGGGUGCGUGCAGAUUGCUGCUGGUAAUAGCAGUAAUGGAUAACUCAGGGUAUCUCAUCCGGGCUCCAGCUGGCCAGUAGCAUCUCCUUUUCCUUCCCCUGCCCUCUCGGUGCCUCCAGAUUCACAUUACCAGGCGGAGCUGACCCAUCCUGAGAAGGCAGCUGUGAACAAAACCUAUGGAGCUGACAGUCAAUCAAAUAUAUUUUAAAGUAAUUCAUUUGGGGGGGAGGGGAAACCAAAAAACUGUUCUUAUCCCUACUAUGGAAAUAGUAGAACGAAGGGAAGGAGGGAAGGAAGAAAUGAAAAAUGGAAGGAAGGAACUCUGAAUCUAACUCUGAACACAAAGUAAGGUGCAUAAGGAGAACUGUUCCUUUAACAAGUUCAUUAUUGUAUGCACAAUUUAAGAAUCUCUUUGAAAUCUUAUUAUAGCUAAAAUUUCAGAAAAAAGGAUAGAUUGUAAUCUGAGCAAAUCUUUUCUGUAGUACAUUGCAGUUGCUCUUUCUAUCUUAUUUCUUUAAAUUAUUUCUGUAUUGCUGAGACUCUUGAGAUGAAAUGAAUUUUUCCUUUCAAGGGUAUUAACACUGGUGUUGAAUUUCAUCUAAGUGUCAGGUUUUACAGCUUCCUAGAUAGUGUGGUGUUUUCCUAUAAACUGUCUCCCUUGCUGUUUCCAAGUGAGGGGUAUAUACCAUGAUCCCAGUGAUUUAAGGAAGCAGACAUUCAUACACAUGGGACAUCCAUGGUGUUCUUCAUUCUUUUGGAAGUUAAUUCAGCUCCCAUCACCACCACUUUUCUCACUUCAUGAGUAAAU